AUGGCCUCAACAUUACGAAAAUUUAUUCAACACAAUUUUUCAUCUAAACAAAAUUUUCGUUUUGGACGAAACAAAAGAAAAUCGGAAAACAAAAAAGACAGAUCUAUGGCCGAGAAAUCGAAGUCUGACGGUAAGAAGCAGGGACAUUACGAAGGAAGCAUUGGCGAUUUUCUAGCGCACACUUGGUCGGUCGAGAGAGAACUCGGUCAAGGAACAUUUGGAAAAGUAUACCUCUGCAAAAAUGUCGAGAGCGGGCUCAACUGCGCUAUCAAAGUCGUCAGGAAUAUCCCAAGAUACACUGCCGCGGCGAAGAUUGAAAUCUCAAUUCUCAAAAACCUGACUCGCAAAAACCACGCUGGUUACUAUCCCAUCGUGCAACUCUUCCAUGAUUUUUCAUUCAACGGUCACGUGUGUCUCGUUUUUCCCGUGCAUGGAAUUUCGACGUAUGAUUACAUGAAGAGUAUUGGAUACAAGCCCUACAAAUUUAAUACGAUCAAGUCGUUUUGCUCUCAGUUGUUAUCCGCUCUUCAAUUUCUUCACGCGAAUAAGUGCACUCAUACAGAUAUAAAACCCGAAAACGUCCUCUUCAAAAGCGAGCGACCCUUUGCCGAGUCGAUUCCUGGCGAUCCAAAAAGCAGACGACUUCUGACGACAGAAAUAAUCGUUGUUGAUUUCGGCUCAGCUGUGUUUGAAACUGACCAUCAUUCGAAAACUGUUUCGACGAGGCAUUACCGAGCGCCGGAAAUUAUCUUCGGUCAGAAAUGGGGCACGAAGAUUGAUAUUUGGUCGCUGGGUUGCAUGCUUUUUGAGUAUUAUACCGGGGAUACGAUGUUUGAUACGCAUGAGGAUUUGGAGCAUUUGGCCAUUAUGGAACGAUAUAUCGGAGCUCCAACGACUAGUAUCAUGCAGAAAUCAUCAAGUUUUUAUCAAUAUAAUGAGAGAGGGUAUUCUCUGAAAAUUGAUUGGGAAAGUGAAAGUGGCAAAAAAGCGAGAAAGGGAAGAAAACCACUGCAUGCCGACCACAACGCCCUGUUCGAUCUGAUAGAACGGAUGCUUACGUACGAUCCGAAGAUACGGCCUGACGCUCACACUUGCCUCAAUCAUUUUCUUUUCUACCAGGGACGCUUCUCACUAAAGUAA